AUGGGCAAGGUCGCCACCGUCUUCUCGGCGGCUCUGCUGCUUGCCAGCAAGGCCGCUGCCCUCGACCCCAUCGUCAUGAAGGGCACCAAGUUCUUCUACGAGAACGGCACCCAGUUCUACAUGAAGGGUAUCGCCUACCAGCAGGAUACCGCCGCCGCCGGCGGUGAGUCCACGACUGGCGAGUACAAGGACCCCCUCGCCGAUGAGGCCAGCUGCGAGCGUGACAUCCCCAUCAUGGCCAAGGCUGGCACCAACAUCAUCCGUACCUACGCCAUUGACCCCACCCAAAACCACGAUGCCUGCAUGAAGCUUCUCAGCGACAACGGCAUUUACCUCGUCUCUGACCUGGGCGAGCCCAAGCUGUCCAUCAACCGUGACAACCCCCAGUGGAAUGUCGACCUCUUCCAGCGCUACCAGGCAGUCAUCGAUGCACUCGCCAAGUACGACAACACCAUUGGUUUCUUCGCCGGUAACGAGGUGUCCAACAACAAGUCCAAUACCGAGGCCUCUGCCUUCGUCAAGGCUGCUGUUCGUGACACCAAGAAGUACAUCAAGGACAAGGGCUACCGCUGGAUGGGUGUUGGCUACGCUGCCAACGAUGACGCCGAUAUCCGCGACAACUCUGCUCACUACUUUAACUGCGGUGACCAGGGUGCUGCUAUCGACUUCUGGGGCUACAACAUCUACUCGUGGUGCGGUCAGAACACCCUGGCUGGCUCUGGCUACACUACCCAGCUUGACUUCUUCAAAAACUUCUCCGUCCCCGUCUUCUUCGCCGAGUACGGUUGCAACGAGCCCAACGGCGCCGCUGGCCGUCUCUUCGAGGAGACCACUGCUCUGUAUGAGGAGCCAAUGACCGACGUCUUCUCCGGCGGUAUCGUCUACAUGUACUUCGAAGAAGCCAAUGACUAUGGUCUCGUCCAGGUCACGGACAACAAGGCCACCCCCAUGAAGGACUACGGCGUGCUUUCCUCCCGUGUCCUGGCCGCCACCCCCUCCCCCGUCCAGAUGAACUCUUACCAGCCUACUAAUAAGCCUGCUGAGUGCCCUCCUGUCGCUGCUACCUGGGAGGUUCACGGCGAUGCUCUCCCCCCCACCCCUGACAGCUCCCUGUGCGAAUGCAUGGUCAAGAGCGUUUCUUGCACCCCCAAGGCCGGCCUUGAUGCUGAUGCCAUGGGUGAAAUCUUCGGCUACAUCUGCGGUGCCGACCCCAAGUCCUGCAACGGCAUCAACACUAACACCACCACCGGUGUCUACGGCGCCUACUCCAUGUGCAACGACACGCAGAAGCUUGCUUAUGUCCUGGACACCUACUACAAGGCCCAGAAAUCUGCCAGCACCGCCUGCGACUUCAACGGCCAGGCCCAGGUUGUCACCCCCGCCAGCAGCGACAGUUCCUGCAAGGCUGCUCUCUCCUCUGCCGCCGCCGCCAACAGCGCCGCCGCCACUGCCACCGCUCCCGUUUCUUCCACCGGCAAGGCCGGCUCCAGCGCUUCUGGCAAUGCCGCCGCCGGUAACCCUUACCAGCCCAUGUUCAACUUUGCUGGUUUCGCCGUCGGUGCCUACCUGGUUGCCGCUGGUGCCAUUGGUGCUGCCAUGGUUGCCCUGUAA